CGUCCGCCAACAUUUGUGACCGAAUUUCGCGGCAAAAAUAAUUCAUUGACAAGUGCACGGAGAAAGUGAUCUUUGUUUGCAAUAUUAUUUUAUUGUACAAGCUCUCGACGUAUUAAUAUAUUGAUAAUAACUUGUUAGCGUAUGAAGAAUUGUAAGAAAAAAAAUGUAGCUGUAUUUAUGUGUCAAGUACUACUGUAGCAAAGUUAUCAAGGAUCUAGCUAGUAGGCUAGUCAACAAUAUUUUACAACAUUACUGUAGUCUUUCUAACCAGUUCCUGAUCUCUGGCUUAGUUACUUUGAUGAGCAGUGGUUUUGGAUAACGUACACGUUGAUCAGCUCAGUAUUGUAAUUGUAAAACAAUGGCAUCGGUCAGUACAUAUGACAUCAAAUCGGAGCUGGAAAUGUUCGACAUUACUUGUGACAAUGACAUGGUUUUUGAUAAGAUGUUGGAGCAGUGUCUGUGUAACAGGUUGCAGGGGGAAGAUAUUGUCUUGGAGUGGGUAGCUUUUAGCACCACCAAAGGAGGAAUGAAGCUCAAUCUAGACACCCUGGAGCAGUUUGAGCAUGAGGUUCUAAACAAAAAGAACAAGUUUAAACUUGGAUUAUCAAAAAGAGAAGAUUCCCACAACAGAACCAGGGACAUCAACUCACUACAGGACCUAAUCAAAGCUGAGGAGGAAGAGGAGUCUCUUCUAGAUUCUUACUCCACCCCGGCCAAGGGCUCUCAGAAGCGACGCCUCACCACUCCGGAACAUCCCCAGUCUAAGAGGACUGCAGCCCUUAUAGCCAGCCCUGUUCUGCUGCUGUCCCCAGCCAGCUUUUCCCCCAGUUCCACCCCGUCUCAGAAGUACAGUCAGCGUGGAGGUCGGGGGGAUGUGGUGUCUACGUUUGGGGCUGUCCAAGGCACUCCUUGGAUGGGAAGAGGAGGGCAGCAGCAGGGGGCUCAGCUGGAGCUCCUGGAGGGGUCAGAGGACUCACUGAUUAACAACUACAAAUAUAUGUUCCAGAGACUGAGGGAUGUUCGGAACGUGUUAACAGAAAAGAUUGAGUUGCUGGGGGAGGAACUGAGGACCCACUUCAGCAUAGAAGAAUUCUCCCCUUUGUCUUUACCUGCACAGGACUGUGUGACUGUCUUGGGACAGGUGUGCUGUGACAGCAACGGGAAGCUCAACGCCCAAUCAGUGCUGUUGGAGGCAGGGCCAGAGCAGGGCGGGCAGCAGGUGCCAGUAGACCUGACUGAACUGCGAGAGUAUUCACUCUUCCCAGGACAGGUUGUUAUUAUGGAGGGGAUGAAUACCACGGGGAGAAAGCUGGUGGCAUCUAAACUCUAUGAGGGUGUCCCUCUACCAUUCUACUCAAGUCCCAUCAAACAGGAAAUCGACAUGGAUAUAGAGAAACCAGGGCAGCUGAUGGUGAUGGUGGCCUGUGGACCCUACACACCUUCUGAUGGCUUAACUUUUGACCCCCUCAUUGACAUCAUCAAUGUAAUCGUCAGGGACCGCCCUGAUGUUUGCAUACUGCUGGGACCCUUUGUGGACUCCAAGCAUGAACAGAUAGAGAAAUCCCAGCUGACUGAGACGUUUGAAGCGAUUUUCAACAGAUGUGUGGGGAGCAUCAUUGAAGGCACCAAAGGAGUUGGAUGUCGGUUGGUGUUGGUUCCUUCGCAGAGAGAUGUACACCAUCACUUUAUUUACCCACAACCCCCUUUCACUCUGCAUGACCUCAUCAAGGAUGACGCAGAGCGUGUGACCCUGGUGCCUGACCCCUGCACCCUACUCAUCGAGGGUGUGACCUUUGGCAUAACCUCUACAGACAUCCUUUUCCAUAUGGGAGCAGAGGAGAUUAGCUGUGCUGCUGGUUCAGACAGAUUCUCUCGCAUCUUGAAACACAUGCUGAUCCAAAGAAGCUACUACCCUCUGUACCCCCCUGUGGAGGACGUGAACAUGGACUAUGAGAAAUUCCAGAGCUAUGGCCAGAUGCCCGUCUGUCCGGAUGUGCUCAUUGUCCCCUCUGAGCUACGUUACUUUAUCAAGGAUGUGCUUGGCUGUGUGUGUGUAAAUCCUGGAAGACUGACCAAGGGCCAGGUGGGAGGGACCUACGGCAGGCUGCUCAUUCAGAAAUGCUCUACAUCAAUAGAUGGAAAGAGACUGAGCCCCUGUGUGGCCGGCCAAGUGGUCAAGAUCUAACCUGAUUGAAGACAGACUGAAGAUUGUUCUCUCUCACUAAAUAUCUUAUGUCAUGCCCUCUUCAUAUUAGUGACCAGGACCUUCAGUCCUUUGAUAUGAAUCUAGCUAGCUGUUUCAAAUGUCAUUACGUUUUCUGUCCUGUAUGCACUUGGUAAUUGAAAUGAUUUAAUGUCAAUUGGGAGUAUUCCAGAUAUGGAAUGUCAAUAAAU